AUGGAAGAUUAUGAGUUUGCCCCAAGAAGAAAGCUGGUGAAAUCUGUGCUUGCAGGUGACCGAACAUACAGUGAGAAGCCAGGCCAUAAUUUCACUUUAACAGCUGACUUUGAAGCUCUAUAUGUCUCAAGUUAUGAUGCUCUUGUAAUCCCUGGAGGUCGAGCCCCAGAAUUUUUGGGAUUGGAUGAGAAAGUUAUUGCAUUAGUCAAGCAAAUUGUGGAAGCCAGGAAACCAAUUGCAUCCAUCUGCCACGGGCAGCAGAUUUUAGCUGCUGCUGGUGUUCUACAGGGAAAGAAAUGUACUGCGUAUCCAGCGGUUAAGCUUAAUGUGGUUUUUUCGGGAGCAACAUGGCUGGAACCUGAUCCAAUAGAUCGUUGCUUCACGGAUGGAAAUUUGGUUACUGGAGCAGCGUGGACGGGCCACCCAGAGUUCAUUUCUCAGUUGAUGACAUUGCUUGAUAUUCGAGUAUCAUUCUAG